UGGUAGUACAGCUAGGUUUAAAAUAAUCCCUCUUAAAUAACCGCAGGAUAAAUCAAAUAUAUCUAGGAACAGAAAUCUUCAAACUGCUGAUGCCCAUUCAAUCGGCAUAGUCACAGCGACUGACACGCAGCCAAGAUUUCAAAGAUGCUGUUAGAAAUUGUUUUCACUCUCCUGCUUGCAUGUGGUGUGUUGUUUGGUUUGCUGUUCUUUGGACGAGUAUAUCAGCAGAACUCAAACACCAAAGUAUUUAGAGUCACAGACAAGAAUAGGGCUCGUACUGUACUUCUGAAAUACACUUCCUUUGAAUCGUUUACAGAAAAAUGCAGAGCUAAGUUUAACCUAAGUAAUAAUGAAAGGUUACUGUUUGCGUCUGGUGAAGAUGAAGAAAUAGAAGUGGACGAAGAAUAUCUACUUCACUUGGAAAACAACUCCUUGCUUAUGGUGACAGAUGCUUCAGAACAUAAUGAUGAUGAUGAUUUAGUUGCAGUUCUUGGAACAAACAGCAAUAUAGGUGAUACAGUAGUUGACAAUGCUGAUAUUGAAAAGUGGGAGAACUUACAGGAAGGUGGAGUCUUGAAGGAACAUUUCCAAAGGUACGGACUGAAAAAUAUCACAAGUGUUCUGAUGGAGAACGUGAACACUUGGAAAAGUAAACCUCUAAAUAUUGCUGUGAUUGGAGAAUCGGGAAAGGGCAAGUCUAGCUUUAUCAAUGCUUUUCGAGGUCUGUCUCCUGGACAUAAAGGUGCUGCAGAAAUUAAUGAAGUAGAAUGUACAAAAGAUUGUCGAGCUUUCCGUCAUCCUAGAUACGACAGUUUUGUUCUAUGGGAUGUGCCUGGGGUUGGGACCAUAGACUUUCCGAGAGAAAAAUACCUGAACGAUAUCCAAGUAGACAGAUUUGAUUUCUUCUUGCUGAUUUCCUCAAGUAGACUUACCCAAUUAGAAAUUUGGCUUGCGGAUGAAAUAAUGCAGAGGCAAAAGAAAUUCUACUUUAUUCGUACGAAAAUCGACAUCGAUAUAGAUAAUAAGAGAAAAAGAUGCGGGCAGAACUUCAACGAAAACCUGGAGUUCAUAAAUAUGAAGGAUACAUUAUCUAAUCAGCUACGCCAUGUUUUAGGCAAGGUACCUUUCUUUAUGAUUUCAAACCAUCAUCCGGACAAAUAUGACUUUCCAUUCAUUCUGGAGCAACUACUAGAGGAUGUACCUAAUCAAAAGAAAGAUGCGAUGGUGUUUGGACUCAAAGGUAUGUCACAAAAAAUUAUUGAAGAAAAGGCAUCAGUACUCAGAUCUCGAAUUUGGAAAGUUGCUCUUCUGUCCGGUGUAGGGGCUGGUAUCCCGAUACCAUUUGUGUCAGUUGGCAUCGAUACAGCGCUGAUUCUUGAAGAAAUUCUUUUUUAUAGAGAACAAUUCGGUCUGGAUGAUCAGUCACUUGAAAAUAUUGCCUAUAUGACCAAAAUGUCGCUUGAAGAUUUUAAAAGUUUGGUCAAUUGCAAAACACCAGUAAAUUUAUUUACUUCCGCAGGAUUGAGCAAAUAUUUGAUGAAAUACAUAGUAAGAGAAGUUGCCGAAACGGUUGUAAAGUAUACGAUUCCAUUUGUUGGGGUAGCAAUUUCCUGCGGCGCGUCAUAUACUACUACGAUGGGAAUCCUUGGUAGUCUUCUUAAAAUUAUGAAAGGAGAUGCCCAGAAAGUUUUGGUGUAUGUCACAACAAGAAGAGGGACUGAAGUGUAAUAUAUUACAACCUGUACUCAAGACAAUCUGAGACACUAACCAGUUGAUUCAAACAUUUAUUCCACUUUAUUUUAAUCUGUGAAGAAAGAUGUAUACAUAAAGACUAUAAUUUGAUUCACGAACAUUGAUCGUACAGUAAAUAUUGAUUCGAUUAUGUCAAAGAAUUAAUAAUGAUGCAAAUGUCUUCAUUUAGGGCUUCAAGUGUGAAAUUUUUUAUUCAGAUGAGAUUGAUUUAAAUUAUAUAAAAUGGUAGUAAAUGUAAAGUCAUAUCGUGAUACAUUAGACUGAUAGAAAAAAAACUAUUAACAUGUGAAUGAAGGUCACAAAGGUAAAACAAUGUUGUUUUCCUUUGCUUAUUCAAUAACAUAUACAGUAAGACUUGGAUUAAGUUUUCCAAUUCACUUACCAUUUGAUUUAGUUUAGAAAGAGAACAUCAAUAUACCAUUAACAUGUGGAUGAAGGACACAAAGGUAAAACAAUGUUGUUGUUUUUUUUGGCUAAUUCAGUAACAUGUUAGGCUUGGUUUUAGUUUUCCAAGACAUGUACCACUUGAUUUAGUUUACAAAGAGCAACAUUAUGAUACAUUGUAUGUUUCCCUUUCGUUUAAAAAAAAAUAUUCAAAAAACGUAACGACUGAUGCGGUUUUCUCUCCGAGCUUAUUAAUGCUUUUCUGAUUACUGAUAAGAAUUCGUUCAUUAGAGUAUGAU